AUGAAGAAAGGUUAUUUCCCUCACUUUUUUAAUACGGAACAGAACCAGAAUUACGUGGGACCUUAUCCACCGGCAGCUUUCUACAAUCCGGACGAAAUGACUACCAGUGGACGAAAAGCUUUUUACGAAUGGUACGACCAACAGAGGGGAAAAGUGUUUGAUUUCCAGAAAGAGUUUGUAGGGUAUUGUGUCUCGGACGUCGACAUUUUACGCCGAUGCUGUGCACGGUUUAGAAGCACCCUCAAGAAGUUGGUCAACGUGGACCCUUUCCAGGAAUCCAUCACGUUUGCCAGUGCUGCUAAUUUAGCCUACCGUCGAAAUUUCAUGCCUAAAGACAGCAUUGCCAUCAUUCCGAACCUCGGGUAUGAUCCGGCACGACAAUAUUCGGCCAAAGCCUGUCGAUGGCUCACCUGGAUGAGUCAUCAGAAUGGAUGUCACAUACGACAUGCCAGAAACGGAGGCGAAGUCCCGAUCGGAAAUUAUACCGUCGACGGAUACCAGGAAGCGACUCGUACCGUCUACGAAUUUUACGGAUGCUAUUGGCACGGAUGCCCCACUUGCUAUCCCAGUUUACAGACGGAAACUCAUCCUCACCGGACUCAAUUUACUUACCAACAAUUACACGAGAAAACUCUCAGAAGGACUGCGGAUUUAGAGGACAUGGGGUACAACGUGUGUAGUAUCUGGGAGCACGAUUUCGAUCAACAAGUGCAACAAGAUGAGACUUUACAGCAAUUUGUACGAGAUCUAGACAUUCCGGAUCCUUUGAAACCUCGAGAAGCCCUGUACGGAGGCCGGACCAAUGCCACUAAAUUAUAUUGUGAAGAAGGGGACAUGAGAUACGUGGACGUGUGUUCCUUAUACCCUUACGUGUUGAAACACAGACCUUUUCCCUUAGGGCAUCCCGAGAUCAUCACAGACGACUUCCAGGACGUGAGAAGUUAUUUCGGUCUCAUUCACUGUCGGGUCUUACCACCCCGAGGCCUCUUUCACCCCGUAUUACCUUAUCGGACGGGAGGUAAGUUAUUAUUUCCCUUAUGUCGCACCUGUGCCCAACAACAAGACUCUACGUCUCAACACCCAUGUCAACACACCGAUCGGGAACGUAGUCUCACGGGUACUUGGGUGACGUGCGAAUUACAUAAAGCCUUGGACAUGGGGUAUACCUUAGAGCAAACUUACGAAGUGUGGCAUUUCAAAGAACGCAGUCAAGACUUAUUUAAAGACUACAUCGAUACCUUCCUCAAGAUCAAACAGGAAGCGUCCGGAUUUCCCUCCGAAUGUAAGACCUCAGAACAAGAACAAGAUUACAUUCGAGAAGUGUUAUACAAAGAAGGAUUCAUGAUGGACAUUCUCAGUAUCAAGAAGAAUCCAGUGUUAAGAACCAUUGCUAAACUCUUUUUAAAUUGUCUGUGGGGAAAAUUUGCUCAACGCUUGUUAUUACCCAAAGUCAGAUACUUGGACGAACCAGAGGAAUUACAUCAACUCUUACAAAAUUCGACGCUCGACAUCAAGGGUGUGCGACUCUUAGUCAAUAAAGAAGAUUCCAUUGAAGACAAGAUGCUAGUGAAUUUUCAAGACAAACAGGAAUUCGUCGAAGAAUGUCCCUUUGGAAACGUGAUCCUAGCUUGUUUUACCACCGCCUAUGCCGCUUACAUCUCUACGAGACUUUACGACCUUUAG